AUGCAUUACCUAUUCGGUCAUCCACGGCAUCAGUAUUCUAGCUUACCACGAGCAGCUCUUGUGCAAGCUGUACGAUGUCCACGGCAUCAGUAUUCUAGCUUACCACAAGCAGCUCUUGUGCAAGCUGUACGAUGUUGUACAGAUGUGUCUAGUUUCGCUAAUGAACUCGAAGAUAUGCCCUUGUUAUUUGAGUACAAUGGAUUCGAGGAAGACUUUUUCAUUGUCAAGCUUCAAUUAUUUCUCGAAGAGUUUGAUACAGUGCAACUGGAAGAACUUCACUACGGAGAGGCAUAUUAUGAUCAAUCUCUCUACGACUAUCUUCGCCAGAAUGUUUUCAAUUACAAUCAAGGGCAAAAGAAAGUAUUAUUAAAACGACUUCAACGACAAACGAUCUCAUAUCGAUGGAAACGUUCGCUGAAUUGA